AUGACAAGUUCCACGGCCCUUCAAGUUGCCAUCAUCGGCGGUGGCAUAGCCGGACUCGCAGCGGCACGUGUCUUGCGAGAAGCUCAUGAUGUCACCAUAUACGAGCGUAAUGAUCCAGAAGCGGGAGAAAGUGGUGCUGCCAUCGGGCUAGGUCCAAAUGGCUCGAAGAUGGCCGCCAGACUUGGACUUACUAAAGAGUCCCUGAAAGCUGUUGUAUCUAAUGGCUUCAGGAGUUAUGACCAAAACGGCAACUUGAUUAAAGAAUCAAGGAUUGACUGCGUCAAAGACUUCGGUUCCGAGUGGUGGAUGGUCCAUCGCCAGGAUCUCAAAGAUGCUCUCCUACGAGCUGCAACAAGCCCUGAUCUGGUUCUAUCUGGUCGUCCUGCCAAGAUUAUCUACAAUUCUCGCGUUGUGCGAAUUGACCCUCAAGAUCGAGCUUUAAUCUUUGAAGAUGGGUCCGAGAUCAAAGCGGAUCUCAUAAUUGGUGCGGACGGCAUUCAUUCGAAAGUCCGUCGAGCUGUUGCUGGUCCGUGUUACGCUGAGUCAACUCCCGCGAACCUUUCUUUGUACAGGUUCACCGUUAGCCGUUCCAGAGUAUCGGAUGUUCUCGGAGAAAUUCCGGAUGUGCUCAGAUAUGAAAACGGCGUUUUUCUAUCUUCCUUUAUUGCGGCGGACGGGUCGAACCGAAACGUUGUUGUAUACCCCUGUCGCGAUAUGGAGGUCAUGAACUUUGCUUGCGCUGUCCCAGACAGUAUGCUUCGGCAGCAGACCGAAGAGUCUUGGACUAAGGAUGGCGAUGUACACGAAAUGCUUGAGAGUUUUAAGGACUUUCCAUCAUGGCUUCUACAACUCAUGAAGUGGGCUACCCUACAUCAUUUUUUCGAGAUGAAGGAACGCUAA